AUAUCUAAUGAGAAACGUCAAUCUCAUGUGAGCAUGUGGUAAACAGUAGGAAUCGUCAGAAUUUAAUGUUAUUUUAUUUGUUUCACAUAUUUUUGUAAAUUAAAUGAAACUAUGUAGCGAAGAGGAUCUAAGCAAUAAAUUAAAAUGCAGAAAAGUCCACUAGAAUGUUGGGUUGAGAACUUACCUCCACAUCAAGCAAAUCCCAAAAGAAAUCCCUCAAUAAAUAAAAACAAAUCUCUGUCCAGGGAUUAUUCCUUUCAGAGUGACGACGGAACUAGUGUGUGCUCCAGUGUGGAAUCGUUUCUAGAACUAAGACGGCCUGAUCCUGAAGAAGUGCUCAUGGAACUUGGGUUUGGGCCUAGUAAGAAAUCUGAGAAGAUUAACAGAAUACCUGCCCGGUUCUUACAACCUUCAAAACUUUUACCACAUAUAGAUGUGAACAAAUUUUUAGAAGAUAAUGGUAAAAAAAAUCCUGAAUCAAAUGAUAUGGAGGACCUUCGAGCUACAUUCGCUGCAACAGUAGAGUGCUCAUCAAUGCAAUUGCGGCAUACGUUUGCCUGCUCGCAGAAAUUGAAGCAAUUAUCGCCCACAUUCUUGCCCAGCAACACCUUCGCGGACCAGACCUAGAUCCAAUUAACUUUUUUAACUUAAGACUAUCAAUAUUUUUGAUCAAUUUUUUUAUUCAAUACAAUUUAGCUGCAUUUUACUCCACAAAUAAUAUUUAUUAACUAUUUUUAGUCGUACUUGCCGUACAUAUGUAGCUGAUAAUUUUAAAACAUUCCUAUGAAUAAUGUAGUGUAGGAGAGACAAAGAACUUAUUAUUCUUUUAUAUAUGUUAUUUUAUAUACAUUUUAUAUUUAAAGUGCCAGAUAGUUUUUACCUUAAUUAAGUUUAUUUUUAUAUAGGAAAACUAUAUAAGUAAUACCUUAUAAUUUUUAAAUGUUCCAUGAAGCUUGCUUAAAACUAUUUAUAUAUAUUUUUUACAAAUCGUUAGAAUUAUUUAUUUCCAUAAUUUAAAUUGCACAUUAUUUACAAAAUUGAUAUAAAAAAUCUGAUACCUCUGGUAAGGUAUUUUAUUUUAUAUUUAUGAGUCACUAAAGUCGACGGAUUGAAAAAGAACAAGGCUAGUUUGAAUAUUCUUUCAAAUAGCCACUCAAAAUAAUUUUAGUUUAAAUGAUGAAUAAAGUAAUGUGUUUUGAAAUAGUUUUCACAAUAUUACCACAGAAGAGAGAACAAUACAGAAAAGAAACAUAGGGCUAGUUCCACCACAAAGAUACUCUGAGAAAACGUAACUAUUUACCGUAUACCUAGCUCUGUGGU